AUGAAUAAUGAGAAAAUGAUGAAGAUGCCUGUGCCAGGUACCGACAGUGUGAAAGUAGCAGUGCGCGUGCGGCCUUUCAGUCAGAGAGAGAAGAAUUCUGGGAGCAAAUGUGUGAUUUCCAUGCAUUCCGGAACCACCACCUCUGUUCAGGACCCUAAGAACCCAGAGCAUGUAAAGACGUUUACUUUCGACCUGGCAUAUUGGUCUCACAGUGGAUUUCAAAGGGAUGAACACGGUGUCCUUGUUUCAGCUGAUCCUAGUAGUGAGUUUGCAAGCCAGAAAGAUGUUUUCCGUGACAUUGGGAGGGGAAUUCUGGACAGCGCUUGGCAAGGCUAUAAUGCUACUCUCCUGGCCUAUGGCCAAACGGGCUCUGGAAAAAGCUACUCUCUGAUGGGGUUUGGGGCCAACAAGGGCAUUAUUCCCAAUGUGUGCGAAGAGCUCUUCCAAGGCAUUGAGGGCCAGGCAAGGAGUGGAGAAUACCAGGUCACCUUCAGCAUGCUGGAAAUUUACAAUGAGCAGGUUAGAGAUUUGCUGUCUAGGACCAGGAAACCCAGCGGGCUGAAAGUGAGGGAGGAUCAGCAGCUGGGCUUCUAUGUGGAAGGUCUGAAGUCAGUGCCUUGUGAAAACUACGCACACAUUGAAAGGCUGCUGGAACAAGGGGCUAAAGUGAGGACCACGGCUUCCACCAACAUGAAUGCCAGCAGCAGCCGGUCCCACAUGCUCAUUACCAUUCAAUUCAAGCAGGUCUUCCUGGACAGAGACCUCACCAAACAAUCCAGUAUUAGCUUGGUGGAUUUAGCGGGAAGUGAAAGGCAGAAAUCUUCAGGCUCGGAAGGAGACAGACUGAGGGAAGGCUCUCGAGUAAACUUAAGCCUAACCAAUUUAGGAAAUGUGAUCAGUGCUCUGGCUGACGCAGCCAUGGGGAAGAAAGUUUUGCACAUUCCCUACAGAGAUUCCGUUCUGACCAAACUGCUGCAGUCAGCUCUGGGUGGGAACAGCAGAACUGUGUUGAUAGCAGCCAUAAGCCCUGCUGACAUCUGCUACGAGGAAACAUUAUCAACACUGAGAUAUGCCGAGAGGGCUAAGAAGAUCCGGAAUUCAGCCGUGGUCAACACCUGUGCACUGCCCAGAGAGUCGAGGGUGGAGAACAAGCUUAGAGGUGUGAGCCCCGGAAGGGCAGAGCAGGUGGCUGCUGUGUUCCUGGCUGACCACCAGCUGGGGCCUUGGGCCCAUCAGACCGCCUGGGUGCACCUGCUGGAGCAGGCACGUAGAGAAUGGAGGCAGUUGUAUGCGGCCAUGGCCCAGGAGCAGCAGAUGGUGAAGACCCUCCCUCACCUGCGCAACGUCAAUGAAGACCCGCAGCUCUCAGGAGUCCUCAGACACUUCAUCCCCUCAGGUCCAUGUGAUGCUGGGCAGGCUGCUUCCAAUGUUAUCACUCUGCACGGUUUGGGAAUUUCAGAUAAACAUGCUGUCUUUACAAACUUGGAUGGCAAAGUGACAGUCACACCAUACGACUCGUGCAAGGUCAUGGUCAACGGGGUGCCCAUUACGACCAAGACAAAGCUGCAGCAUCUGGACCGCAUCAUUUUGGGGUCCAACAGUGCCUUCCUGUAUGUGGGGUUCCCUGUGGAGCGCAGCAGUGGUGAGGACUGGAGCAGAUUCGAUUACGACUUCUUCCAGCUGGAGAGGGCCACUGCUGAGGGUGUGAGUGUGCACCAGCUAGGUGCCCUGAGCGAUGGAGAUGACAACGCAGACCCCAGCAUCCUGGCCGUGUUCCAGGACUACAUCAAGCUCAUGCCGCUGGUGGCCGAAGCCAAUCAAAUGAGUGAAGAACUGCACAAAGACCUUCAAAUGGAGUUAAAGGUGAAGAAUUUAGCAUCUUCUGAUUCCAGGGGCUGCGACCUACAGAAAGAGGUCAUGGUGAAGGUGACCAACCUGAAGACUCGUGAGGUGUGGCUUUGGUCAAAAGCCAAGUUUAUCAACAGAAAGUUCCUGAUGGAGGAGCUUUACCAGCGCUUUCGGGAUGGGGAAGGCAGCCAUGUGGCUCAAGAAGACGAUCCUUUCUGGGAUCCUGUCGAGGUGGUACACUUGGGUUCAGCGCACAUCUGGCUGCAGUCCCUUGCUUACCGUAUGCGGUUGGAGGAGCAGGUGGAGAUGCUCGACUGUGACGGGUUGCAGGAGGCGGUGCUGCAUGUCCACAUCGCCCCCUGUUCCCCAGCUGGCCGAGCCCAUGGGGAGGAAGAUGUGAUCAUGGACCCUUUGGAGCUGCUGGGCAAGAGGAUGGAUUUCCAGAUUCGCAUUGUCCAGUGUCUUGGCAUCAAGUGGUUGAAGGAAGAUGCGAAGCGGGGCAUUCAGAUAGGAUACCGAAUUUACGACCUUCCAAACACUUUAUAUACCAAGCCAGUCUGGAAAAACGCGAAUCCCCAAAUUGGAGAGACUGUCCAGUUUGCAGUCUUACACAUGUCUCAGGAGUUCCUGAAUUAUUUGCAGACCAAUGCUCUCAUCAUUGAUCUGUGGGGCCUUCAAGAGGGCUGCGCCGAGUUGAGCUGUUCCCAGGUGGACUUCAAGGUCACAGGGGAAGGCCACAUCCUGGUAGACAUCAAGAACCUUCCUGCCAUGAAGGAGACAGCCCAGGUUUGUUUCUUGCAUACUCCGUCAAGCCAGGGGGGCAACGCUUAUCUACAGCUGCUCAAGUUAGAGCAGGAGACAGAGCUGCUCCGAGACAUCAACCGGGCCCUCCGUGAGGAAAACGUGCUCCUCAAGGGCUCGCUCGCAAAAAUGAGCUCUGCUCCACAAGGUGAGGAACUGCUACCUCUGCCAUCUGUGUUCUUAGCAGCUGGAAGGGCUGAUCAGGCAUGCGUCCAGCAAACAGGCUGCGACAGGGAGUUUGCCAGAGCGCUCAAGACCUUCUACCAGAGCAUGAACAUGGCCCGAGGGCAGCUGCUCAGGCUGCGACAGAGCAGACCCCCUGAAGAUGAUCAAAUGCUUCGACCAUUUGUACACCAACAGUCCCAGAUGUUGAAGGAGUUUGGGGACCUAUUUGAAUCCAGCUUGUGGAAACUGAAAAGUGAUGUUGCUCUUAUUGUGAAAAAGAAGAGAGAAAAUGUAUUGCAUAUCCAACUGUGAGGAUCUACCAGCCGCAAAUAUGAGAUAC